GUUUCCUAAGUAGAUGGAUAGCUGGAUAGGCAAACCCAUAUGACGCUGUUUUGUACAGACUUAAUAAACCAAACAUAUAACGUUUCAUUUACCACCUUAAGCACACAUACUACUCUGUGGGCAAUAAACAGGUCUGUACGAAGCCACUCGCUGACUUAUGUCGUAACUACCCACAGCCUAGUGAUUAGAACUGUGGGACUUGUAGUCCUCAUGCUUUGUAGUGUGUGUUACCGUUCUAUUAGGUUACAGGCCGAUUAUGGAUUAUGAAGUAAGGUACCACUGGAAAUCCUUAUAACUUCCAUGCUAAUCCCAUUAUGGACGGUAAGAAACAGCAAAAAGACUGGUAUCGUAUAUUAGGUGCUGAACCUUAUGAGAGUCAGGCUGAGCUCAAGCUAAAGUACCAAAAGCUGGCACUGCUGUACCAUCCUGACAAACAGAGUGCUGACAUGCCAGCAGGAGAAGUAGAAGAACUCGUCCAGAGGUUCAUCGAAAUUAAUCAGGCAUGGAAAAUUCUGGGGAAUGAGAAAACAAAGAAAGAAUAUGACGUGCAGCGACGUGAAGAUGAAUUAAUGAAAAAUGGACUGAUUUACACUGUGGUUCAUCUGGAAGACAUGGACUGGAAUGAUGAUGAGCAGUGCUAUAUCUACAGAUGCCGAUGUGGUGGGGAAUACCUCAUUUCUAAAGAAGAUGCUAAGAACACUGUUUCUGUUGUCUCCUGUGAUACUUGUUCUCUCACAUUAGAGGUCCUGCAGUGAAUCUGAAAAAAUGGAUAUUACACAGGCAUUUAAAGAAAUGAAGUAGUGUGCACUGGUUCCAGGAACCAUGCAAUUAGGUCAUUAUUAAAAACAGUAAUGUUUUGCUAAAUGUUGAUCUGGUGGUUGCACCCAGUCUGAAGAACAGUACAUGAGAAAACAAUAGUUUUUUUUUUAUAAUGGAUUGCAUAUUGUAUAUUUUUGUUAUGGAUACUACAACACUGGACUGAAAUGUCAGAUUCAAUGGUUGUCUCUUUUGUCCAUCCUCAGCUGAUGGGGCUUUGGAUCUGAUUUCGGCCACUCUGCAGACUUUUGGAUCAAAGGGUCAGGCUCCUCCCCUUAACCAUAAACUCCCUGCAUACACUGAUUUAUCUCGGCCCUCUUUUGAUUCUUGAACGCUCCAGAUAUGGAUCUCCUGACCCAGUGUGGAUAUUGGUCAGAUAAGUGAUUUUGCUUUUGGUAGCAUCUUUUUCCUAACUUUAGCAUAGCAGCGUUUCAUCUGUGCAUUUUUUUUUGUUCGCCUCCCCGUUACUUCAAAAUAAAUAACUUUUUCUCUCUC